AUCGCUUACGCUUGUUUCGAGUAGGAAAAUAAUACAAGAGGAACGAAAGCUCACAUGGAAGAGAUGUUGUAUUCUGAAGUACUUUGGCUGCUGUAACAUUGUUUUUAUAAUUAUUAUCACUUGUUUUUUUGGCAUAGUUGACGUCCACUGCUUUUUCCAAUAAGAUGACUUGUGGAAAACCCUGAUGAUCCAGAUUUCAAAAGGAUGGAGCCCCAAGCCAAACGGAGAAAAGAAAUGGACGACUAUGAUGACACCUGGGAGGUUCUUCCAGUUCUCUCAGAUGAGCAAUCCCAAGACCCUGAACUAUUACCAGCCUACGCAGCGCCAAUCCUGGAGAGAAGAGAAACAUCUCGCCUGGUAAAAGAGCUGUCGCUGAUCCAUCCUUUACCAAACCUGCAGCACAUCAAAAGAGUAAGACCUUGCAAACACAAAGACAGCCCUCAUCCCUUAGAGGUCAUUGUGUGCUUGGUCAGUGACGUCCAGAGCACAGACCCCAAAAAAGUCACACUUUCCCAUCUGCUCCACACACAAUGCUUCAACUCCAAUGGUUUAGGUGACCCUUUUAUUGUCCAAAUACCUGCCAAUCCUCCGCUGACCAGACCACAGUUCGAAAAAGCAAGUAAACACUGGCCGACAUCAUUUCACGAGGACAAACUGGUGACGUUUGCUCUGAAAGGCCAGUUAUUUACGGCUCAUCAGAAAACUAAAAUGCGGGAAUACAUGUGUGUGGCUGUGAAGGCUGCAAAAUCAGGUCGGGAGUUGGGAAUGGAUGCGGUGGGCGCUGUGAUCGUCGAUCCUAAAACCGAGCAGAUUAUUGCCGUCGCUCAUGACUGUAAGCGUGGAUCUCAUCCGCUCCAUCAUGCCGUCAUGGUCUGUAUUGAUCUUGUGGCCUGUGGGCAAGAUGGAGGCGCUUAUAAAUAUGAGAAAUACCCAGCGUGUCGGUUUAGCUGCUCUAACAGUGUUUGCGAUGGAAAGGAAACUGGUUUGCCAUACAUUUGUACCGGAUAUGAUCUGUACGUCACCAGAGAGCCCUGUGUGAUGUGCGCCAUGGCUCUGGUUCAUUCACGAAUCAGCCGAGUGUUUUAUGGAGCAUCCACUGCAGACGGGGCUUUUGGGAGCAGGUAUAAAAUUCACUGCCAAAAAGAUUUAAAUCAUCGAUUUGAAGUGUUUAAAGGAGUGAUGGUAAAUGCGUGUGAGGAUUUGUGUAAAGAGUAAUUUUUUAUUUUUUAAAUUUUUUUCUUAAGAGGUGAUAUUAAAAUUGAUGUUUUAAUUAGCAGUUUUGUAACUUCCCCUUUUUUAAAUGUGUCCACAAUAAAAAAAAAAUACAGAGGAUGCAA